AUGUCUGCUGGUCGACAAGAAGCAUUUGAUCAUUUUCGACGAGAUAAUCCACUUAAUCACAAACUUGAAGAGCAUAAACGUAUAUUAAAACAACGUUAUACAGAAGCGAAAAGUCUCGGUGAAGCAACAAAUCAAUGUCGAAAUCGAAUUAAUCAUAUGAAAGGACAAUAUGAACAAAUGCAUUUACGUCUUGCUGCACAAUUAACACAAGAUGAAAUAGAAAAAAAUCGAGAAUUAAAUGAUUUACGUUCCAAAAUGGAACGAGAACAAACAGAAUAUCGAGAAUGUUUUAAUCGUUUAAAAAAUAUGAAACAAGAAAUUGAACAUAUUCAACAUGUUAUUGAAAAAGAUCGUUUACAAAUGUUAAAAGAUUUUGAUGAUUGGUGGGAACAACAAUCCGAACAAGCAGAACAACAACGAGAAUUAUUAGACAUGAAACCAUUGAAAAGUAAUAGUGAUGUAUCAAGACAAUCCACAGCAUCGUUUCAAAUGGAACGUCCAUCUGUAUCAAAUAGUGCUAAUAAAACAUUACCACAAUUUAAUUUACCAUUAACGGGUGAUAAAAAAACUGAUGAUGAUAUUCUAGCAUUUGCUAAUGCUCGACAACGAAUACUUUCACAAACACAUAAAUGUAAGAAAGAAAUAUUUGUUUUAUAA